AUGUCUGCUCCUCAAGCUCCUCAAACCGCUCAAGCUGUUAGCCUCACCAAGAAGACUAAGAAGUCUGGUGAUACCAUCAACUCCAAGUUGGCUUUGACCAUGAAGAGUGGUAAAUAUGUCUUGGGUUACAAGUCUUCCUUGAAGGCUCUUCGCUCCGGAAAGGCUAAACUCAUCCUCCUUGCCGGUAAUACUCCUGCCCUUCGCAAGUCUGAGUUGGAAUAUUAUGCUAUGCUUAGCAAGUGCUCUGUUCACCAUUACAAUGGUUCAAACAUUGAUUUAGGUACUGCCUCUGGUCGUCUUUUCCGCGUUGGUGUCCUUGCAAUCAUGGACGCCGGUGAUUCUGAUAUCCUUAAUCAGUAA